AUGACAGAUGUUGAUCAAUGCCAAGAAGAUUCUUGUACCCACUCGCAAAAUGCUGUAUGUCUACAUUGUGACCAACGUCUUUGUUUUGAACAUAUAUCGGCACAUAAUGAGUCAUUAUUAAACGAAAGCAAUACUAUUUCUGAUGAUUUAAAUGCGUUACUCGAACAAAUCAACCUCAAAUGUCAAAAUGAAACAAAGGUGAUCGCAGCGGAACAACUAAAACAAUGGCUAGCAACUUCUUUGGAGUCAAUUGAAAGAGAGUACAAUGAAAAGUUACAAAUGAUUCAUCAACUCGAUAAAUCUCUACAUGAAACGUUAGAAGAAUUCAAGGAAACUUUAUAUCAGCGAAUAAAUGAAAUUCGUAUACCUCUUGAACGAAUACAUUCUAAACUAACUACAAGUAAACCCGAAAUUGACAGGUUGCAUCAAUCAGUUGAGCGUAUUCGAGAAGAAGUUAAUAAUUUAGAAUAUAGAAUUGUUCUAACGUCAAAACCAAUCGACUUUUCACACUAUCUGAAAGUGUGUGAAGUAUGGAAACAACAAAAAUCAGACAACAAACCUGUAUCAACCUUUAUUGAUCGUCCAGUUACCAAAUAUACAACUCAAACUCCAAAUAGUCCCAUACCGAAAAUAAAGGAACUCGCACAAACAGCAGCAGUCAAGCAACAAAAACCUGUGAUUUACUACAAACCGGCUCCUACAGUAACUACUAACAACAAUUAUCAACGACAAUGCUUUUCCAGAGGAAAUCAUUAUCAAGAAGACGAUGGUAACAAUAAGCACUAUGAUCAAGAGACUCACCAACAAGCAUAUAAAUACAUAGAUCCAGCCGAACAACAAUCAUUCAACAGUAGACACCAAUCCAUCCAGGACUACCGUUAUCCACAAGCUGUUUCAUAUAAUACACAACGUCGACCUAUGCCAUUUAACCGUAUGUAUUCUUCAGCAUUUUCGUUUAGUAGCUAA